UGCACGCUUCCAUUGGUUGGCGAGACAGGAGGCGGUCCUCCUCCAGCACUGUCUACACUAGCUGAGAGCACCGAGCGCAGCGGCUGAACCUGACCUCGGUGGCCAGCGGCACCAUGAGCCGAAGCUUGGAUGCGGUGCGGAGCUUCGUGGAGCAGCUGGAGGCGCGGGGCGGACAGGAGGGGGCGAUCCUUGCCGGCGAGUUCAGCGACAUUCGGGCCCGCUCAGCCGCCUGGAAGACUGGCAGUGUGUGCUCCACCGAGGCUGGCAGUCGCCCCGAGAACGUGAGAAAGAACCGCUACAAGGAUGUGCUGCCAUAUGAUCAGACAAGAGUGAUCCUCUCUCUGCUUCAGGAGGAGGGACACGGCGACUACAUCAAUGGCAACUUCAUCCGGGGCACAGAUGGAAGCCCGGCCUACAUCGCCACGCAAGGACCCCUGCCUCACACCUUGCUAGACUUCUGGCGCAUGGUCUGGGAGUUCGGAGUCAAGGUGAUCCUGAUGGCAUGUCGAGAGACGGAAAAUGGGCGGAAAAAGUGUGAGCGCUACUGGGCCCAAGAACAGGAGCCAUUGCAGAUUGGGCUUUUUUGCAUCACCCUGCUAAAGACGCUAUUUAAGGUGACAACUUUGGCCAUUUUGACCAGGGAGACACGGCUGAAUGCAGACACCAUGCUCAGGACCCUCCAAGUCACUUUCCAGAAGGAAUCCCGUCCGGUGUACCAGCUGCAGUAUAUGUCCUGGCCAGACAAAGGGGUCCCUGGCAAUCCUGACCAUGUGCUCGCCAUGGUGGAGGCAGCUCGUCGCCUCCAGGGCUCUGGUCUCAGCCCCCUCUGUGUCCACUGCAGCGCGGGCUGUGGGCGAACAGGCGUCCUGUGCACAGUGGAUUAUGUGAGGCAGCUGCUCCUGACCCAGAUGAUUCCACCUAACUUCAGCCUCUUCGACGUUGUUCUUGAGAUGCGGAAGCAGCGGCCUGCGGCUGUACAGACAGAGGAGCAGUACAAGUUCCUGUACCACACGGUGGCUCAGAUGUUCUUCUCAGCACUGCGGAACUCUAGCCCCCAUUACCAGAACCUAAAGGAGAAUCGUGCCCCACUCUUCGAUGAUGCCCUCUCCCUCCGGAGUUCCCAGACCCUUCCUGCCACACCCCGCCUACCUGGGGGGGUCCUCAGGAGCAUCUCGGUACCCGGGCCCCCGGCCCUCGCCAUGGCCGACACGUACGCGGUGGUGCAGAAGCGCGGGGCGCUGGCGGGCCCCGGGCCGGGGUCGGGGGCGCGCGGCACGGAGGAGGCGCCGCUCUACAGCCAGGUGGCGCCGCGCGCCCGGCGGCCCCAGGCGCCCGCGGAGGACGCGCGGGGGGCGCCGCCGAGCCGCGCUCCUGCUGACCGAAGCGCUGCUGCGCCUGGCGCCUACGAGGACGUGGCGGAUGGAGCUCAGACCGGUGGGCUAGGCUUCAACCUACGCAUUGGAAGGCCUAAAGGACCCCGGGACCCCCCUGUGGAGUGGACCCGGGUGUGAGUGCUGCGCCCCCGCCUGCCUGUUGCUCCCCAUGGGCACUUGGACAGCUGACGGCCAUGCUCUGCUGCGUGGGAAUGCUGAACCUGGAUCAAAAUAAAAGUUUCUCAGAGUGGGAAAUGUG